UUGGCAAAGAGGGAGGUGGAGCUGGUGCAGAAGCCAAAGCAUAAGGAAUAAGGGAGGACAGAAAGAAGGAGGCGAUUGUUGGGCAGAAGGAAAACAUAUAAAAAGAGGGAGAGACCACACCGGAGAGAGCAACUGGAAGAGAGGCGAGGAGAAAGAAGCUCGUCGGUUGUCUGAUAGCCUUUUCAAACUUCUCCGAGAAACAGUACAACGGCUGCCAUGAGGGACCUUACUUUCCCACUCGGGAUCAUAUGCCUGCUUUUCAUCAGAGGUUACUGCCCCCUGCCUAUGAGCUCAGAAGGGAUGCAUCCCAUGGGAAUUCACGGCCCAUACGCACACUCAGACAAGGAUUCUCUUGUUGACGAUGAGGAUUACAGUCGAUAUGAAGAUACAACCACUAGAUCAUCCAAGACGUUGAUUCCAAGUAGAGGGACCCUUAAGCAGUGUGACUAUGAUCCCUGUCUUGAAGGCCAGAUCUCCUGUUUUGAGCUUGCAGCCUCCUCUAACUGCUUGUGUCCGGGGUUCACUUUAAAUAAUGUGCCCCCAGAAGCGCCCAAACUAAGCUCAGUAUCCUGGAACGGGUCCGAAGUUGUACUUCAGUGGUGCACACCUUAUUCACUCGUCACAGCCUAUGUUGUGACUGUCGGAGGGCAGGAGAGGCAGAAGUUUGAGGAGGACCGGAGAAGCGGAGGAGUGGGCGAAGUUGGCAACAUAGCAGAAGUUUGCGUGGUGGCCGUGAAUGAUGCCGGAGCCAGCGAAGGAUCUUGUAUGAUGUACCAUCCCAGAGAUAACAGCCUGCCUUUGACAGCAGGGCUCAUCGGGGGAGCCCUGGGCUUCCUGCUGCUCCUCUUGCUGGCCGUCCUGCUGUGGAGGCACAAGAGGCAAAGGAAACAGGAGGCCACCAUCUCCAUGCACAACACAGCUGAGACGAGGUGAACAGGAAGCACCGCAAGACUGGACACUCGUCGAGAGAAGUCUGUGCUCUGAGACUCUUCUGCAUUAUUGCAGUUAGCUAUGAAAACACGAUAACAUCUGAGGUUUCCUGCACCACGAGGCUUUCUCAAAACAAGAGGAAGCAGCGAUGUAUUCAUUUCACAUGAAUACAUCCAACUGGUUAUGCUCAUCGCCUGAUGCCUCCAUCCUGAAAACCCCUCGGUGCGAGAAAGUCCCACAUCCACAACAAAUGCAUAAAAUUACUCACAGAAUUCAUUACUUGCAAAUUAUAUUUUUUUUUCCCAGAAAUGAAACCCUGAAGACAAACAUCAGGGAACAUCCCAGCAUGUGGUCCCUGCUUUCAACUUGCUUAGCUGAGCAGCACAGUGUGUAACUGCUAAUAGUGGGGUAAAAAUAUUUGAAGCUUACAUGAUAAAAGUUUUAAAAGCGCCACUAUGGUGCUCCAAGACUUUAUUACUUGACAGAAGUGUAUCUUUCCUAAUCUUCUGUGCAAAUUAGAGGUUUCUUGGAGUAGUGUUUACAAAAUAGUGACGUGUAUUAAAGUGUUAAUAGCAUAAAGCACAAGUAAAAUGACAACAAGCACAAAUUCUGUUUGAAAGAGUACAGCAGAAGGCAUAAGAGAUGGUAGCAAAGGUUCAAAUGGCACUAUAAUUUUUAUAUAAUAUAAUUAGGGUUUGUUUGCUGUUGAGCUCUGUGAUGGGAUGGCGAUCUCUCUGGGCUGUACCGCCUCCUCUGCUCUAUGAGGGCUGAGGAAGGCUCCCCCAGGAAAGGAAAAAGAUGCUGUCACUUACUGUUGUAGACAUCAAAGCAAGCUGUAAUGAAAUCUUUUCAUUGAAACUCUCUGUGAGAGCUCCUCGUGUAAUGGAAGUAAUUAAAGCGUGAAUGGAUCAAUUGUUGGAAACUGACUUAAACUGUAUUUAUUACAAUUGUGUUCUUUUUUCGCCUCUGGACGUUAAAUGUGUUUGAUUGACCACUUUUGCUCGAGCCUGACUAUUAAAAUUAAGUAAAACGUCGCCUUAGUCACCA